GGAGGAAUGAAUAAUAGCAAGCCCUUUAUGAACUUUUACAUAAAAGAGAAUUAUCACUGUCCAUGGAACGCUGUGUUCUUUUUUAGCGUUUGUCUGUGUAACUCCACUUAGUUGCUCAGUAGUUCUGGAUAAAGCCAAAAAUAAUGAAACAAAGGCGCUAAAUCAGGAACAUUGUAUUUUCAGACCAAUAAGAAGUAUUAAACGUUUAUAACUGACAUUAUCGAUUAUAAUCCUCACAGAAUUACAAGAAAAUGAAAAAUUUACGACGUCCAGUGGGGAAAAAAGUAAGCGUCAAGAACCGGAGCGUUAUAAAAAAUUAGGGACCAUGAGAGGUACACCGGCCUGACGAACAGCCGCAGCAUUUAUACUCGAGGCGAACCAGAUAACGGAAGUGACGAUUAGGUCUAACCCUGCCCUUGUCCUACAAUAUGGCUUCUGUCACUCUGGCAACAUCUGAAUGGAUCCAGUUCUUUAAAGAAGCAGGUAUUCCUCCAGGCUUUGCUGUUAACUAUGCAAUUACAUUUGUGGAUAACAGGAUCCAGAAGAGUAUGCUGAUGGACCUAAACAAAGAAAUCCUGCAUGAGUUGGGGAUUGAUGUGGUUGGAGAUGCUAUUGCAAUAUUGAAGCAUGCCAAAGUUGCAUAUAAACAGGAUCUCUCUAAAUUGGCAACUGAACAAUAUUUGCCUGGUCAGAAGAACACUCUGCAGACAGCACAGCACAGAACUGCCAACACACCGGCAGCAAGAAUGAUUACUAGCAGUUUAAGCAGAGAUUUGCCAUCAUUUACACCUUCUCGGAGGCCUGAUACUGGUACAUCUAAAAUUUCGGUUACAGUUUCUAAUAAAAUGGCAACCAAAAAUGCUGAAACAGCUGUUUUAAAACCUGCUAUCAAUAAUCCUGAUGUUCCAGUGAAGCGACGCAGAAUUACUGCAGAGAUUGAGGGGUAUGUUAUCAGUAUGCCAAAGGGAGUAGCAGCAAAAAAAAGAAAGAUCCUGGAACAGCAGCCUACCACUGCUCUACAGAGGACAUCUGUGUUUGAGAGAUUAGGAGCUGAAAAAAAAGUGGAUACCAUAACAGGAAACAAGCCUACAGGAGUGUUCAGCCGACUUGGUGAGGAAUUAGAAGAAGGUGGAAAAAUUGUAGAUAGCGACGAUGAUGGAUCUGUCCUUCAGUAUGCAGGAGUGCUAAAAAAAACUUCAACAGCUUUUAGUAAAAAGCCACCAGCAUCCAUGAAAACAUCAAAGCAUUCGUCUUCUGAAGACAAGCCAGUAGUGACAGCUAUUUCACAUCUCCCGAGGUUACCAAACAGCAAUAAAAGCACAAUUGCCAGUGAAGUGAAAACAAGAACAACUCUUAAUGCUUCUGCAAAGCGAAAACAGGAUAAGCCAACAGAGACUCGAGACAGUGAAGUUAUUAGCACCAAGUCUGUGCCUUCUUUCAGAAUAACAUUCAGUAGGACACUGGGUAAUGCAAAAGUGCGCAGCACUAGCGAAAUGUGUGGUGCACAAAUGGACAGCACAAAAAAUAUUAGUGUGUUUGAAAGACUUGGGAGAAAAAAACUUCAAAAUGUAAGUUUAUCUAGUGAUAAGAAAUGUACUAGCAAAUGAGUUUCAUAUUAACUGAAGUUAAGCACUGCGUUUAUAGUAAAGAGCCAGAUCCGCUAAAGUGUAAUUUAAUGAAUGUUUGAAAACCUGUAUUCUUUUGCAGUAAAAAAAAGUGAUUUCUGAAAACCUUUAUAUACCGUCUUGCUUACUAAAGUAAAAAUGUUUAACAAGGAA